AUGUCUCAACAAAUGAUAGAAGCUAUUCACAGCCUGGUGGAUACAGUGUCUGAAUCUUAUAACGAUUUAAAAUCUAACCAAGUGAGUGUUGAACAAUGUAAACGGUGUUUUAAUGUUUGCCAAGACACUAUUAACUAUUUUGAUACUAUCUUAUCAGAUCCGCAGACCAGUGUGUAUGUGAAACGCAGUAUUAAAACACAGAUUACCCUUCUGCAUUGGUAUAGUGAACAGUUUUUAUUAUUGAGUGGUCAAAUUGCAGGUGGUGAUUUAAAUCAACAAAAUAAUUCUAUUAAAUGGCAAGAUCUUGGAAAUGUUUUUUCAAACAACAUUAAGACUGGCUCAGUUAUUAACCGUACUCUUAAAAAUAUCGGGGAAUUUUUGACUUUUUCUGAGAAUCUUGUUUGUGCAAAAGUUUAAGAAAUGUUGAAUAAAGUGAACAGUUUAAAAAUUAAUGUUGAAUUUUUUGGCAAAUUUGAGAUUCCAACCACCAACCGAGAAGAAGUGAAAUCAUUCGUAACACAAAAUCGUGAAGUAUUAGUAUCUACAGAUAUUGCUGACUGGUAUAAAAAUCAUGUAACCAAUGCCUUGAUAAGAAAAAUUGAAGAAUUCUGUCAAGAAAAAUCCGGAUGGCGUUUAUCAGAAAUCUCAAAUUUAGUAAUAACGAUGUCAAAAUAUCAACCUCUUCAUGCUGGAAUCUCAACUUAUGUGAGGAUGCCUCAGAAGAUAAUCAACCGACAUGCAGUUUUGAACAUUGAAAAUUUUGAUGAAUACUGCUUCCUGUGGUGUGUUGUAGCUGUUAUUCACCCUCCAAGGACGGGUCACAGCAAAAGGACUACUUCUUAUCCACAUUUUAGUGAGGUAAUUAAAUACGACGGGAUUAAUUUUCCUAUUCAAAUUAAUAAUAUUGCGAAAUUUGAAAAAAUGAACAAUUUAUCUAUUAAUGUAUACGGUUAAGGAUCUGAUUUUUCUGGUGAGAAAUCCGAUAAAAAAUCUGAUAAAUGUGUAAUAAUUCCAGUCUAUUUAAG